AUGGAACGCACGAGUCACGAUCUCGACCAGAAGGCGGGCGAUUCUGAGCUCCGUCACAUUGACGACUCGGCCGUCGACGCCAACGGCUCCGACAUUCACCCCGAUGACCAUGGUCUCACCAAGGAGGAGCAGAGGCAGAUCAUCCGCCGCGUCGACCGCCGCCUCGUCGUGACCGUCGGCCUCAUGUACUGCGUCUCCCUCAUGGACCGCACCAACAUGAGCGCCGCCAACAUUGCGGGCAUGAGUGUCGAGCUGCAGCUUGGCGCCAACUACAACAUUGCCAACUUAGUCUUCUUCAUCCCCUACAUCAUCUUCCAGCCCCCGUCGACCAUCAUCUGCCGCGCCAUCGGGCCCCGCAUCCAUCUCGCCGCCAUCACCCUCCUCUGGGGCUCCGUCAUGAUCGGCAUGGGCUUUGUCCAGAACUUUCCCCAGCUGGCAGUCACGCGCGUGCUGCUCGGUGUUCUCGAGGCCGGCUUCUUCCCCAGCUGCGUCUACCUGCUCAGCACAUGGUACACCCGAUACGAGGUCGGCAAGCGAUACUCCCUCUUCUACCUGCUUGGCUGCGUGGCGUCUGCCUUCUCGGGCAUCCUCGCCUACGGUCUCAUGCAAAUGCACGGCCUGGCGAACCUCUCCGGCUGGCGCUGGAUCUUCACCAUGGAGGGCAUCCUCACCUGCUUGCUCGGUAUCGCCGGGUACUGGCUGCUGGUCGACUUCCCCGACUCGAGCCGCACCAACUGGUCCUUCCUGGGCAGCCGGGAGCGCGCCUGGGUCGUGUCGCGCAUCGCCCGGGACCGUGGCGACUCCAAAUUCGAGGCCUUCAACAUGCGCAAGUUCCUCCGCGCCGGCCUCGACUGGAAGAUCUGGGCCUACGCCCUCAUCUUCUGCUGCUCGACGACGCUCUCGUACGCGCUCGCCUAUACGCUGCCCAUCAUCCUCAUGGAGAACAUGGGCUUCAACGUCGCCGAGGCGCAGUGCCUCGUCGCUCCUCCCUACGCCUUUGCCGGCAUCAUCAUGCUCGUGACCGGCUGGCUGGGCGACAAGUACCACGUCCGCGGGCCCAUCAUCAUCGUCAACAUGGUCAUUGCGCUCAUUGGUCUGCCCAUUAUGGGCUGGCACAGCAACGCCUACGUGCGCUACUUUGGCGUCUUCCUCGUCACGGCGGGCGCCAACGCCAACAUCCCCUCCGUCAUGUCCUUCCAGGCCAACAAUGUGCGCGGCCAGUGGAAGCGCGCCUUUUGCAGCGCCACGCUCGUCGGCUUUGGUGGCUUUGGUGGCAUCGCCGGCAGCUUGGUGUUCCGCGAGCAGGACAGGAUGACGGGCUACAAGCCGGGCAUGUACGCCUGCAUUACGGCCGCGCUCAUCAACAUUCUUCUCGUGUGCAUCUGUGACUUUACCUUUUGGAGGCAGAAUGGCAAGGCGGACCGUGAGGGCAAGAUCCUCGAGGCCCACGACGAUGAUGCUUCGUCGGAUUUCCGAUACACGUACUAA